AAAUGGAGGGCCAUUUAUUAUUGAGAUGAUUAUCCAGUUAAUAACGCUCGGCUUGUAUUUAGGUUGCAGGCAAAAUGUGUUAAUUCCGUGUAUUAAAAUCAUAUACACCACACCCUCCAUUUAUAUGUGUGUGUAGUUCUCUCUCUCUCUCUCUCUCCCCCUCCUUCCUAAGGACUCGUUCUCUAUUUUCAUCACCAAUCUCUCUCUCGCUCUGCCGUCUCUCUCUCCAUUUUCAUUUUUUCUGCAAAUUCGGCACCAAUCCUUCAUGACGUCUAGCAGCGAAAAGGGUAAGCCGUUGCCUAAAUUUGGUGAGUGGGACGUGAACAACCCAGCCUCGGCGGAUGGAUUUACGGUCAUCUUCGCCAAGGCUAGGGAUGAAAAGAAGGGCAAGAACUCCGGCGGCAGUACCGGCGGCUCCGUCCAGUCUAACAAGGAGCCGCCUCGCUCUCGAUCACGCUCCUCCACCCAAUCCACUCAAUCAUAUGACCCUAACAAGAAAAAGUGGCUUUGCUGUUUCUGAAUGGAAGCUGCAAGUGGGAGAGGAAGCUUAAUUUGGAGAGCGUGCGUUGAGCAGACACAUAGAUAUUUUUGCUAGGAUUCGAUGUUAUGUGUAAGUAUUAUCGUCGAUCAUACAGAUGAUCAUCACUAUAUAUACAUGCAUGUAACGUGACUAGUUUCUUCGUCUCCUUCCCUUUUCAGUCAGGGAAUUGCGACAGAUUGGGACAUAUGCCUCUCUCCAUCUAUGUUUCCUAGAUUAAUACGCUUAAAUUUAUGUUGAUGAAUUAGAAUGAACGAUGUAAGUUUAAUUAAAUAAUGUAAAUUCUAACAUAUUCCUUCAUUUUAUUUCUUUUCUUGCAA